AUGCAUACAGCCCACAAUUAUCGGCAUUCUCGACGGUCUGCUUGCGAUCGUUGUCGCGGGCAAAAGUUGCGUUGCGAGCGCGACCAUUUGAAUGGCAUGUCUUGUGAGCGAUGCCUUAAGGCCCAAGAAAUAUGUAUCACCAGUAUGAACCAGCCUGCACCGGUCAUAUUACCCUCAAACCAUGGUCAGAAUCUAGCCCGAGAAGACCGCGAGAGCCAAAGAUUCAAUCGACGACAUGAAUCGAUGUCUGUCCUUCACAAAUCAUCCGCUCCCAGAGUAAAGAAGUUGUUGCAUUCUCCCUCUCCAAUCCCAGGGAGACACAACAUGCAAGAACACCACUACUGGGGAGGAGUCGGGUCAAUGCCAGCUUUUUCUGGAGGCAGCUUUCCUUCAUCCUCGGACGGGUUUAAUAUGCCCCUAGACUUUGGAUACACCAUACCUCCUGUUGAGCAAUGGAGUAAUCCUCAUUCAAAUUGGUCAACCGAUGCUUAUAACCUACCUCCCGAUUGGGUGUCGUCAAAUCAACUAUAUCCUUGCGGGCCAAAUUCUUGUUUUCCCUCUAUUUUCACCAGUGACACUCCACCAGGUGCCAUGCAAGCUACUGAAAUGGCAUUUUCCGACCCCGUUCAAAAUAAGCAUUUCAACUAUGGCGAGAACGAGUUGCCCUCUGCAAUAAAAGACCUUCCAGAUCCUUCGUGGGUGAAUCACCCAGACCUUGCAACUAUAAACAAGCCUCCCCUAGCGACAACAAGCCAAGAGGCUCUCUCCUCUCUUCAAGACAUUCGCAAGAGUCUCUUAAGAUUGAGGAUGGGACUCUUAGAGGAUUUGGAGCUAUUUGAGACUGGAUCGAUGCUCCUAGAAUCUUCAUCCCUUUUCUACGAAAAUUCUAAUUUGUCAAUUGAAACGCUUGACCUGCCGAUAUACCGUCUCCUUAAUCACUCCUCUUGCCUUUUGGCAAUUGUUCGAUCUUCGCGUGGCGCGACGGAAGAGAGCUUGGAUGUUACAUUUGCGUCACAACGAUUUGAAUCGGAGAGCAGCGGAUACGAAAACUCUUUGUCUAUCCUUCCAGACGCUGGCAAUGGCUUGGAUGAAGAUGGUAACACAGUAUCCCCACACGAUUCUGGAUAUCAUACCACGACGACAUCUCCGGAUCGAACGACGAAUCCCACGAUCCCGAAAUGCGAUAUAGCACUGUGGCUUGGCAUAUUGGAGGCACAUUGCUCACUUGUCCGAAUAUAUCGUGCUGUUUUCAUGCGGUUGUACCAACUGUUUCUCAUCAUACCUCCAACUGAUGCAGCCACGAUCCUAUUGUUACCGAAGGUGCGAUUCGGGCAGUUUCAUUUGGAUGGAAAUCUCAUUACCCAAGUGCACUCAUUGGUUGAUUUCAGCUCUACAAUGAUGGGUAAGCUUGACCGAGCCCUUAAAUUGCGGUCAGGCCCAGCCCAACCCCAAGAAGAUCAAGAGUUCGAUCCAUCCGACCCAGUCCAGGAAGAUUGGUCAAGUUCAAUCCGUGACAUUGUCCUAGCACAAGAACAAGACCCUUGCGAAAUGCCCUUGAUGGAAAUAAUGGAGUGCUUGCGGCAACUUGUUAAAGACCCAGUGAUUAUUUAA